GCGAGCGCGCACUCCGGGGCCAUCGGGUGGCGGUUCCGCGCGAGGUGCGGCGCUCAGGCUCGGUCCUCGGCGCCUGCCGUUGCCGGGAGAUCGGGGAUCGCUGGCGCCCGGAUUCCCGAUCCCGACCCCGAGAAGCUCUCCCCGAGGGCCGCCUAGAUCGCGCGGGGAGGAACGGCAGCGGCCGGGCUUCACCAAAUUUCUGAUCAGGAUUGUUAAAAUGAGUCUUCGGAAGCAAACACCCAGUGACUUCCUGAAGCAAAUCAUUGGGCGACCAGUUGUGGUGAAAUUAAAUUCGGGAGUGGAUUAUCGAGGGGUCCUGGCUUGCCUGGAUGGCUACAUGAAUAUAGCCUUGGAGCAGACAGAGGAGUAUGUAAAUGGACAGCUGAAGAAUAAGUACGGGGAUGCAUUUAUCCGAGGAAACAAUGUGUUGUAUAUAAGUACACAGAAGAGGAGGAUGUGAAGACACCAAGACAACAGUACUUUUCAUACCGAGAUAUAUUUUUUAUCAAGUUUUUUGUUUCUUCUGUCAUAUAAUUUUUCGUGUUUUGUAAUAGUUGGUGAUUUUUCACUGACACAUGAUGGAGAUAAAUGUGUAAAAUUGUGGAUUUAAUUGUAAAGAGUUCUUUCAUAUUUAAGUUGCAGUCAUUUUCUUUUACCUCUGUCAGAAAGCAAAAAGUUUUUUUUUUUUUAAAGUGGAAAGAAAAUUUUUUUCUUCCUACACGGAAGUUUUCAAGCAACGCCAUUUGAUCUGACUGCUUUGCCUGUGGGACUGACCGAAAUAAUGGGCGUGAGGCUAAUAAAACACUGUAGAGACGGC